CGGUAGCAGUGCCCCACCACACGGGCCGCAGCUACCCAGUUGUGAAGUGGGACCGCUAGGUAGCGCCUCACACUCUAGAGUGCGAAAAACAAAAGAUCAGUUUGUCUUCAGGAAGGGGAGGAUAGCGAGCUGUAGUAGUGAUGAGGAGGCUCUAGUCGUGUAUGUGAUGAGCAGUGAGUGUUGAGUGUUGUGCGAGCACCCUUUCCUGACAUGUCUUGUCGUGACGGCCCCUGGCCUGAUCCUCCGUCGGAACUGCCGCCGAGUCCACCCCCUUUCCAACACCCGGACUAACUUUCACAACCCCUUUUUGAGCGCGGGAUCGACUCUACCCUCGGAUAAAAUCUCAGCAGGGAGAAUCGGGCUUUUUUCUCUCUAUCUCUUUUUCUCUUCCCUCCUCGUCUGUCGUCUUGCCUUUUCCAGAAAUAGAGCGGCCACCGUCGGUACCGCCGUUCGAAGACGCGAGUAAAGAGUCCUCGCGUUCGUCCUCUCGCUAAAAAUAGCCGGAAACGCUUUUCUGGAAAGUAAAAGGAAAAAAGAGAACAGACGACCUCCCCCGUUCUCCGGCCGGUAAAAAUAGACUAUCGUCGGACGAUUGUUUGCCCGAGAGAUGCGCUUAUCCGGCGCUCAAUCCCUUUCGCCCGGAUAGGAGAGUAUUUGUCGGUGGAUCCGAGUCGUUUGGGAUUUGUCGUUAUGGUCUCCCUUGGCGGGUGUCUGCUGGCAGCCUUGCUGACUCGAUCCGGCUGAGUGAUAUGAGGGUCUGUAUAGGGAGAGUCGCGUGGAGGCCGGUGUUUCUCCUCACGCUCGCGUCUUCCUUCUUAGCCGCAUUCGGCGGCGUUACCCCGUCUAGGACCGUCCGGACCGCGGGGUUCUCCCGGCUCGCCUCCGGGAGCGGUUUCCGUUCCGGCUCGUCCCUUUCCCCGUGCGCCCACGUCGGCGACGCGACCAACGCCGUGUCCGCCCGGGCCGUCAUGGCCGGGACCGUCUUCGAAGGGAAGGCCAGGUCCAGAAACGUCGCCCGGGAGCCCGGAGGCCUCUACGGGGUCACCUUCGUCGUCCAGAGGAUACACAAGGACAAAAGCAGUUCUCCUCUCAAACGAGGCUCACCCGUCAGACUCCUGUUCCGUGACAGGAAAGGCCUCGACACGCAGGGCCCCUGUCGCCAGUCCUACAACUUCACCAGGAGGCCCGGUGAUGUGGUCAGAACUAAUAUCAAGAGAGGCGGCAAGUACAUUGUGUUCGUGAACGGUGUCGGACCUCAUAACUUUACUACACUCGGUGAACCAGUGUUCAGGAGCCGUAAAAACCUUCAGGCCGUGAAAGAUGUCCUCUGCAAAAAUUGUCUGAGGCCAGCGAGUAUAUCAGGCCUGAAGGACACGAAAGUUAAAGUUAAGGAUAGACUGCGGUUAGUCUGUCGAUCUAAAGGAAACCCGCUUCCUGCCGUAUCCUGGUACAAGGACGGGAACCCUGUCAACGCCUCGAGGGCCUCGAGGAUCCAGUUUAAGAAAAAGAGGUCUUCGCUGGUGAUUCCAAAAGUCAGGGUGGAGGACGCAGGCCGGUACGAAUGCCGAGCGACCAGCGUGAACGGAGCGAUCUCCUCGUCCUGGGCCACCGUAACCGUCUCCGCCCAGCCGAACAACCCUCCCACGGACAACACAACGACGCUGUGGCCGCUUGUUGGAGGGGUGUGCCCUAUAGAACAGUACUGCCUGAACGGAGGGACGUGUACAUUUUACGAUACAGUCGGAGAGCUCGUCUGCCAGUGCGCUGAAGGAUUCAAGGGGCAGAGGUGCGAGAGCAAAGAUGUCUACAAUCGCAGUAGUAUGUAUAGGCCUAUGACCUACUUCUGCAAACUGGGCAUUUCCUCCUCCUAUUAUUGCUAAGUAAAAACAAAUAGAUUGUGUAAUUGAAAAAUUGGACAAGGAUUCCGCACACAAAAAUAAUAAAUUUGCAAUUGAAAAUUCAUGUCAAAACUGCCUUUUUACUUUUUUUUAUGAUAGAAGGAGGAGACGUGGUGUAAAUUAAAACAAAUGUUUUUAUUCUCAGCCAAAGAUAAGACAGUCUUAAUUUAUGUAGCAAUAAUCUUUUCUUGCUUCGUUUGCAUAUAAGAAAAGUUUUUCAAUUAAAUAUAACAUAUAUUUAUAUAUUUACCACAUUAUAAUGGUAUUUAUUUCAACUUGUAGGUUUUUCUAGACUUUUUUUGCUCUCCAUUUUUACUUGACUUAAGAGUAUAAUCGAAGUGACAUUCUGUAUACUCGUAUUAUCUUCAGACUGAAGUGCAAUAUGUGUAUAGUUUACAACAAGGAGAAAUGAUUUGUUUCAGUGUAAAUAAGCCAAAGGCAUUUCUCAUUUAGGGUUCGCCAAUUGAUAAUAAUAAAGAAAAAUAAAUCUUGUUAAUACGUUAGUAGUCAUGUGUACAGUGUUUAAUUUAUUAAUUUGAAUAUGUAAUUAAAGUUUCAUAUAAUUGUAAAUUAUUUAGUAUUAAUGUAUUUUCCGUAACAUAGUUCCUAAUACUGAUUAUCUUGUAUUUGUAAUUAAAUUCAUAUAUGAAGAGAAAGCGUCUCGAUUAACUUUCAGGGUCUAAAUUAACUUUCAGUAUAACAAUGAAUUGUGACUAUUUUUAUUUGGAUCAACUGAAACGUACCUCGGAAUUGUCAAAAUUUUAAUUAUUUAUGCAUAUAAAUUUAUAAUCGUUCACUAUCGAGUUGUUGUAAUGAAUAUUGUAAAUCGUCUUGGAAAUAAAAUGGAACAGGGAGAUGCCCAAGUAUUAAUUUGCAUGUUAAAUAGGAUUAUGUCUUUUUUAUUUAUUUAUUUUGGUUUUUAUCAUUAUAAACCGCUUUUUAUUAAUUGGUGAAGGCCUGACAGAAGGAGGAGAAAUUAACAGAAAAUAAAUCUUAAAUUUUUUGUAGAUAGUGAACGAUUAUUUAUUUGGCUUCUUUUAUU